CCCCUGCGUUCCGUCUCCUUGGAAACACUAACAAACAUGGCGGAUUAACUUUUGCUGUGCGCACUAAGUAAUUUUGAGAAGAUAUCUUGCAAAGAAAAGGAAAGCCUAGCCGAGCGAGGUGAAAUGGACGUGGAAGACAGGGAGAGCCCAUUAGAUGUGGCGUCAGACAGGUCCGGACAGCUGGGUGUCCACCUCAGCGCUGAUGAGGACAAUGAGGAGGAUGGUCCAGGCCAGGAGACCUUCACUGAUGAAGAAGAGUCAGCCCUUCCUCCUGAUUUGAAGUGGUUAGAUGAGUUGUAUGAAGAGGACGAUGGUGAUAGUGACUGUGAUGGUGACCUUGCGGUUGCGGCUGUCAAUGAUGAGAAGAGGAGUUAUGCCGCGACAGCACGGAUGUUCAAGCUGAGACGAAACCUGGACCAGCUGGACUGCUUUCAUCGACAGAAGGAGCAUGACGUGUUGAAAGCCAGAGAAGAGCUUAAACUCUGUCGUCAGAACAUUGAAAGUUUGGUGCAGCAGAGGGAUGACUUGGAGAGAAAGCUAGAGCGACAGAAAGCAGCAGACAACAGCGUGGCAGUGUUUCGUUUGCGAGCCCAGCACAAGCAUCUGUGUCAAAAGCUGCAGAGUGAGGAGGAGCUGGAGGGCCACAUCAACACCGAGCUGAAGCAACAAGAACUGGAGCUGAAUGAAGUGGAGGUGGAGCUUGGCAGGUUCUUCUCUCUCCGACAGGAGCUGCAGGAGGAGGAGCGGGUCUUCCGGGGUCUUAAGGCCCAGAAGGCAGCGACACGGCUAGAGCGGGAAAGGAAAGCCAGCCAGAACCUGCAGCUCAAGAUACAGCAUCUCAGGGAUAAACAGGCAGCCAUGCUGAAGAAAGAGGAGGCUGAAUGUCAGAAGAAAAUUGAAGAGGGCCAGGCAAACCGCAAGAUAGCUGCCAAGUACUUGAAAGAGACCAUUAAAAGGAUGCAUCAGCAAGAGGCAGAGAAGGAGCAGCAGAACAGGGAGUUACUGGAGAAGAGGAUACAAGCUGUCAAGUCACUGAAAUCUAACAUAGCAGCCACCCAAGAGAGUUUACAGGUCCAUCAAAGCAGAGCCAAAGCAAACGCCCAGAAGAAAGAGCAGCGACAGAGACGACUGAGAGAAUCCCUGCAGGCCCAAGGAAUCAACAGUAUCAAGCAUAUGUACCAACAGAAACAACUAGAGGAGAUAAAACGAAAACAAGAGGAAUUCGAGGAGAGGCAGAAGUCAAAGAGAUUGGAGAUUGUUGCAAAAAUCCUUCAGGAGGAACAGCUGGUAAAGAGCAGAAAGAAGCAGCAGGCAGUCCUGCCUAAACCCUCAGCCUCUGACAAGUUCCAAUCUCUUGAGAGGGCAAGAGAAAACCUCCUGUACCCCCUGGGUCCCAGCCCCCCACCAGCCACUGAGGAGAAAGCCACAAUCCAGUUAAAACAGUUCAUUGACGUCAGCAGCUCAUCGUCAGCUUCCUCUGAUGUUGAGGACCCAGACGAAACCAUGCAACAGGAAGUGGACCAGCAGAGCCUUGCUGUCAGCCUGGCUGAGCCCGAGUUCUCUGGGCUGUGGGACCAGAACUACAAGAAGUUCCAGAUUGAGAAUGACAUGAAAAUGACAUUGGUGCAGACAGAAGUCAAACAGAACGAACCUGCAGUGACCAGUGGAAAGCUCAACAUUCCUCCGAAAAAGGUUCAUGGAAAAGAGUUGAAAGGGCCUCCGUUCAUCAGUAAACCAGAGAUCAUCCUUUUUAAGGACUUUGAAGUGGGGAAAAUGUAUAAGAAGAAAAUCGUCCUGACUAACAUCAGCUACGUCACCAACCACUGCAAGCUUCUGGGGGUCUCCACCCAUCUGAGGGAUUUUAUCUCUAUCAACUUUGAGCCUCCUGGUUCUUUAUCUACUGGGAUGUCCUGUGACAUGCAGGCUGUUUUUCAACCUAUGAUCAAUGAGGACCUGGAAGGAGAGGUGCGCUUUGCAUCAGCAGUGGGUCCCUUCUCUGUGCCUGUCAGAUGCACCAUAAAGAAAUGUGAUCUGGAGGUUGACAGCCAGUUCGUUGACUUCGGUUCGCACGUUGUGGGCCAGACUAUUUCAUGGACUAUUACCUUGACCAACAAGGGUGCACUGGCCACCCUCUUCAGCCUGGACACCUCCUCAUGUCUCAGUCCAGAAACUAGCCAUGUCCAGAUGUCAUCCCAGGUCUCUGCCAACACCUGCCAGGAGACAAGCAGUCAAAACACAACAUCGGACCACCAGAGCAGCUCUGUAUCCAUGGGCACCGGAGAUCUCCAACCAAAGCAAAAGAGUCAGGGGCUCUCUGAGGCGUUACAGCAGGAGCACCCAGUGGUGUCAGAGGCUUCAGCUGCAGGUCCAGAAGCAGCAGAGGCUGUUCCUGAGACUUGUGUGUCCAGUGAUGUGGAUGCCCAGAUGGACCUGAGCCACUCAGACUGCUGUGACAUAAGUAUAGGAAAUGUCAGAGAAGGAGAGAUUGGACCUUUUGAAAGCAUCAGACUGGAGGUUGUAUUCACUCCAACCAUUCCAGGAGAGGCCAAACUGGACUUCCACAUCAAAUUCUCAGACCUAUCCAGCAAACCAAUACCCAUCCAGGUGAGGGGUGUGGCAGUCAGCGUCCCUGUGUGGGUGGCUCAGCCCAGCAUUGACCUGAAGAUCUGCAUGUUUGACCGCCUCUAUCAAGACAGUAUCACAGUCCAAAGCAGAGCCAGCACAGCCUUGAAGCUGACCUUUGAGGUGUGUCCGGAAAUGAGGAAACACAUAGAGAUCCUUCCAAAGACAGGCUUCAUCCAGGCUCAUUCAAGCUUUAAUGCCCAACUCAAGUUCCUGCCGAGAUGCUCCUUAUCCAAAGAUGCCAAGAAGCUUUUUGACAGAGAUACAGGAGUCCUGGAGGUUCCAAUGGCGGUGCAAGUAGCCGGGCAGGUAAAGCCAGUUCAUUUCACAGUCCAUGCAGUCGUGACCUCCUCAGACCUACAGUUCGACCGGACUGAGGUGGACUUUGGCCUCUGUUCCAUUUACCAGUCAGUCAAGAGCAGCGUUCGCCUUACCAACCUGUCCCUGCUGCCUCAGGACUUUGGCUUCCUGGGUGUUCCAGAGUUUAUUGAAGUCCAGCCUAACGAUGGCUUUGGCACUUUGCUCCCACAAGAGACCCUGGAGAUUGAUCUGAUUUUCAGUGCAAACAAGGCCAAAGAGUACAAAUUCCAGCUCAACUGCAAAUCAGGAAUUAACAGAGAUUUCCCUCUGUCUUGCCGAGCAGCAGCUUUCCGCCCUCCAUUGGAGCUCUCUCAUUCUCUGGUCCAGUUUGGGGCCACAGCAGUAGGUGACCACUCCACUGCUAUACUUCACCUGACCAACCGCCAAACCAACCAGAAAAAUCCCAAACAACUGAACACUCCAGCGGUCAAGGACACCUUGGCUCCUGUCGCAGCCAGGCUGUUCUCCUUCACCUUACCAAAGGAUUCAGACGUCAGCAUUUUUCCUUCCGCGGGCCGCCUGCUGCCCGGAGAGAGAUGUCUGAUCCAGGUGACAUUCAGACCCAGACUGUUAGACCAGGACAUCAAAGAGGAGGCUCUGCGUCUUUUCAGCCGAGCCAAGUUGCUGCGUGAGAAGGAGUUGGAGAGGAACAGACAUGCUGAACAAGAGACUAAACAGGAGGUCUCAGUGGAAACCAGUAAAGGAAAGAAGGCACUUGUGAUUCCAAAGAACAGCAAGGUGUCAGAUGGAAUGAAGACAGACCAACUAACUGAAUCACCAAAUCCUGCCGACAUACAGCCGGGGUCAGAGCAGUAUGAUGAGGCCAGGGCCUCUCUGCUGUACUCCUUCACCCAAUGCUACAGUGAGUACACCAUUCCCUGCUUUGUGUCAGACGGAGACCCUCCAGAGGAAGACCGACAGGCCCAGCCAGCAUGGAGUCCCUUCAAUACUCUCCACCUGAAGCUGCAGUGUCCUGCUGUACAGCCCCCUCUAGUGGUCAUAUCCAACAAUGGACACAAUAUCAUAGACUUUCAUCAGGUGGCAGUGGGAGAAAAAGUGAUCAAGAGGUUUACAGUUCAGAACAUUUCGAAGGACUCUUUGGAUCUGAGGUCCUCAGUACUGGAUAUACAUGGUCCUUUCUCCCUUCUGAAUGCUCUCAGAUGCAUAAGGCCCGGAGAAAAACACACUCUGGUUCUGGCCUUCAGUCCAUCUCUGGAGAAAAAGUACCGUGAGACUCUGGAGGUGCGUAGCCAGAAGAUGACCCUGGAGAUGACUCUGUGUGGAGAGGGUGUGAUCCCUGCUGUCACUGUCUCCCACCCUGGAGGUCUCCUUGACUUCGGCUAUGUGUUUGAGAAGGAGAGCACCUCACAGGUCCUGAAGCUGCACAACAGCUCAGCGGUGGCUGUGGGUUUCAGGGUGCAGCUGGCCAGCCUCUCUCCCUCAAGGCCCCAGGGUGGAGCUGACAGGGUGGACUUCCUGCUGGGCAGUUACACAGCCUCUCAGGUCCAGCCUACUGUGGGAACCCAGAACUACAGUGGGCUGAGUGUGUUCAGUGUGGUGCCAGUAGAUGGCAGCAUUGCUCCAGGACGGAGUCAAGAUGUCACUGUCACCUUUCAGCCUGACCACCCGUCUGACUACUAUUCUGACAGACUAACCAUAGAGCUCAUCAAUAAGAGUAAAGUGUGUGAGGUGGAUCUGAGGGGUGCGGCUUCUUCACAUAGCAUGUAUGUAGUUGGAGGAGACAUGCUGACAGUGCCCAUUGAAUCCCUCCUACCUCCACUGAUAACUGGCCAGUCUCAGCUCACAGCAGAGUCAGAGGUCGUGGAGAAGCCCACCAUCCCCGUGCUACUGACCCUGCGGGCCAGCUACAGCACAGGAGUCAUUGCACCUGCAGUGAGGGAGCUGCAGGUGGGUUGCAUCCGCUCCUCACAGCCCAAUAAGAAGAGUGGUGAGUUUCAAUGGGAUAAUGUGGCAUCUCUGCAGCAGGGCUUCACUGUGGAGCCCAGCAAAGGCACCGUGGAAACGGGCCAUAAACGCACCAUCACUGUCACAUGGACUCCCCACAGUGGAUACAAGCCCCAUGAGGUGGUGCAGACAUGUGUCCUUCUUACCUUGAAGGGGGAUGAGACGGAUGUUUACAGAGUCACCCUGAUGGCUUCAGUGUCCACCACUGCAGACUGACCUCUACAGUAUCUGGAUGCUGGCCAGUGUGAAAUCUACUCACACACGCUGACACAACACACAGAGACGUGACACACUGUACAUUUAUGUGGCCAGCAUUGACAGACAAAUUAAAUAUUUAUUGCUGAAUCUAAUUAUUAAAUGUGAGAGUAAUAAAAUUUGUUUACAAAGCUGAAUUGAACCAUAUUCAACAGUGACGGUGUGGCCCUACAUGUUCUGUUAUGUCAUGUUGUGCAGCCCAUUUAGUGAAGCACCUAACUGUAGGGCCUCAUCCCACCACCAGGGGGUGUGUGUAAUGCCAAGCAGGCAGCUGUGUUAUAUCAUAGCUAAGGGCGUGUCAGCUGAUGUAAGCCAGCAGAUGUAUACAGUACAUACUGUAGCACUGCUGGUACUAUACCCAGUGAAGUGAAAGGAGGCAGAGUUCAUACUGAGGCCAGAUGAGGUGCAGACUUUAAAAUAUGACACAGAAUCGGAUGAGAUUGAUAUACAUAAAUGAUGGAUAAGUGUAGUUUGGUAUAAAAGCCACAUAAGAUUACAGACUGGUCUAGUAUAUUGAUAUCAGUAACAGCAGCUGGGGCUGUAAGCCUAAUUUUUAUAACAGUGAUAAUGUUAAUAGUUUUGGCUGCUUCAAUCCUAAGAUAUUUGGGUCAGUGUCACCUUUUAAAGACCCAUGGGUGAUUUGUUUAACUACAGGACUUUAGAUAUCCACCAAAUAAAUGUAGUUACAACACUUUCACACUCACAUAUCCUUGUAAGUGAGACUUAAAUGGAUGUCAGAAUCAACAAAAUUAGAUCAGCAUUUUAACAUUUUGUGAGUAUUUUACAGUUAUGAAUUUCUCAAAUCUCCCCCAGAAUUUAAAAAAUGACAAGUAUUUGGGAUUUGCGCUAGAAUUUGUUCUUUAAUGGUGAAACAGGGAGAAAAAGAGCAUGUGAAGCAUCACAGCAUUAAUUUAAAUAGGUAUAUUAGCAGCAUUAUCAAAGGGUUUUAUUAACGCUGCUGAAUAAACUCCUCUUUUUUUAUCUUGUGGGCAAAACUCACUGGACGACAUGUUUGUGAAUGAAGAUCAAGGCAGAUUUCACCUGAAUUUAAACAUUAGGAAGAUCAUUUUAGCCCAUCCUCACAUCCAGAGGGCCCAGUACCACACUUGAUUGUUGCACAUACAGGUACCUGCCACUGGGAGCCCCUGAUGUUCCUGCUGGCCCUUUCAGUAGUUAUGGAAUUCCUGGAAUGUCAUGGAAUUUAAAGUGUUGCAGUGUAUUUGAAAAAAGUGAAAGUUAGAGAAGUCAACUGUCCACUCAGGUUUGUCUUAUGAACAGGUCGCUUUAAGAGGACUGAAGAAGAACUUGUUUCUUAACUAGUUUACCGACAAUACUCUGCACAAGAGAUAAGAACAUAUCUGCACUCUGCUCUCUCGUUCCUAAUUCUCCUCUUCUUCUAAAUGGACAUGAUAAAGUUUCGACCAUUAAAUACAAUGAUUAUCCUUAAUGAAUAAUACAAUAUAAAGCGCCACAAACAAAAUCAGAAUCACCUGCACUGGCCAAGUAUGUGCACACAUACAAGGAAUUUGAUUCUGUUUUUUUUAAUUGCUCUCAAUGCUUUUACACACAAAUAGACAUAACGGCUAGGAACAAGGACAUCAAAACUGUAUAAAUAAAGGUGAAGAAUAGGCAAAACUAUUAUAUAUAUUGCACUACUAGUAUGUGAAAAAAAUAACAGCACCUAUGACCAACAAUAAAAAUCAAAGCAUACCAAAUUCUAACCACCUUUUUAAAAUGAUCUUUCUGUACAGCUAACUGGAUCACACUUGUUCUCCUAAAACAAAAAAACAACAACAAUGAAAAAGCAGGAAUUAUAUGAGCUUUAGCCAAGUAGGUGUGUGUUGAGUAUGUGAUACAGUCUGCUAGGAGCGUAAGGAGCUACUGAAAUAAGGGGUUUCUAGUUUUACUUUUUGUCUCUGUAUGUUAACUGGAUAUAAGGUAAAACGUUUGACAUAUUUCAUUUCCUUUGGGUUUUUUUGUUUUGUUUUAAAAUCAAAUCCAACGUCAUGUUGCAAUGAUAAAAUGGGUAAAGGAUUAAGAGGUGAAAAGAAAAUAUUUUGUCAGUGGAUAUAUAAUGGAUAAGCUACUCACACACCAAAAUAUACCAAAAUACUCUGGACCAAUGCCAUUUAUUUACCAUUAGACACCCAUAUGAUCACUCCACAUACAUAAUUACACACAUUAGACAUUUAGGAAAAUAUUUGUCUUUAGAUUAAUUGAUAUUAAGAAUAAUCCAGUAGUGACAGCAGCACUCUUAUCUAGAUUUCUUACAACAUUACUUUGUCACAUUUAAGUUAUUGAACUCUUCCAAAGAUGAGUGCUCACUCCAUAAACUCCCAACAGUGUCCAACUCUGUGUGAACUUGGCCUCGUCCAUGUGAACAGCAGAUGUCAGUAAUGCCUCAGAACGGACCAAUAGGAUCUGACCUCUCUGAGAGAUACAUGCUGUAAGCAUUUAUCAGAGAUUGUAGGAGAUUAUGCUAAAUCAGAUUACUGUACCCCAACCUGCCUAUAAAAAGCAAGGUCAUUAUGAGCUUAGCCUCGUGUAAUGUCACUCGUUUUAUGAAAUGUAUGAGAUCAUAUUAGGCAAUAUUUGUGUUGCCAUUUUGCCUCUUUUUCUAAUCUGAUUUCUCCCGUGAUCUCUCACUAAUGCUGUGAGAUAGUGCCACUUAUGGUCCCGGCUGUGGAUGUGUGUGUUUGUGUGUCUCUGUCUGCUUGUCUGCCUGUAUGUGAGCACAGCCCAUCAGGUCAGGGAAUGUAACAAAUAAUGCAGAGGUGUGAAAAAUGUUUAUAAACGUCGACUUUCUUGGAGGCCAUGCCCAUGUAAAGUAUUCCAUUUACAUACAGUUAAAACAUACAUAAAGCUGGUAUGAUUGUCGUCAUCAUAUGGUAGGUUAUAUUGUCUGCUUUUUAUUUAUUACAGCUAGAUCAAAUUUUAACGUUUUCACAAGAAAGCACAUUGAGGUUGGAGGAUUGUUCUCUUUGCGCUCUCCUCACCCAAAGGCCGAAUGCAGACAAUAAGCUUUUUCCCCUGGGUGGUCCGAAGCUCUGCUAAAGAAGCUUCACAACACAUGUAUGCAGACAGGCAGGGGUGUAUCCAGGGGCAACUAAAUCUCACCAGCAUUAACCUGGGAAGAUGAGUCCCAGUGGAAACCCACACCCAUAACACAAGCACACGUACACAGGGGCAAGUGUUUUCAACUCAUCCUGUGUCUAUCUACUGCUAUUUUUUAAGUUAUAAUCAAGAGCACUUCUUUUUAAAAAGAAAUCCAAAUUAGGGUCUCCAAUCCAUGAUCAUAAUAAACUAAUCCACCACUAAUAUCAACAGUUUUCUUAAUGUAUGCCUUAAAUGUGAGUGAAUAAGUGUUGGUGGGCUUGUACGCGCCCCUCCAUACAGUAUGGGGAAGGUACCUCUUGUAUGGACCAUCCAGCAGCAGAGGAUGGUUCAUACAGGACAGUAUGCUAGUUUCCUCCUGCAGGUUUCAGGUUGACAGAACUGACAGGGACACACACACAUAACUGGGUAGAUAUUUAAAUGACUUGAGUUUUAACUGACAUAUGCUUUUUCAGAGUGCAUAUAUUAAUUAUUUUAACCACAAAAUGUGACGGUAAAGAGACAGUAGCGAGACAGAUCUGACACAAACAGCACAUCCCUACAUGCAGGGCUACAGUAGAAAGAACAGCGCUCUUCUCUCUCAGGAGCGUUCUUCAUCCAAACCAUGGCUGAUGAUGCUUUCGUCUUCCCCCAUCGGACCAAGCCCAUACACACUUUGUUGUCCCGGUGGACACAAAGUGUUCCACGUCUCCAAGUAACGCCUUAACCCACUGAGCAUUAACCCCUCCUCUGAGCAAUCUACCUAGACUACUGGUGAUAAUGAUCAAGUCAUCUCUGUGCUGCAGCGAGGGCCCACCCACAAACACUCCGCACAGGACAUAAAUCCCAACAGAUUUUGCUGAGCUUGAUCUGAGAGCACCGAGACAUCAGUUCAUACACCAUAAAGUAUGGCAGAGUUAAUAUGACUUGUCAAUAACAUCCAUUGCCAGCUUAUAUUGACCAAAUUUCUGGGGACAGUGACAGAUGACUUUUGAGGUAUUCCUAUUAGAUCAGUGUAAAUGAUAUGACAGAGAUGAAUUUUUUUUUUAAAAGAGAUUUUUUUAAGAUAUGAUAAAUGAGAUUAUUUUUUGGCAAUUCUUGAUUCUGUUUCAGACUCUAAAUGUGUGUAUUAUAUUGAAUGUACAAGUAGCAGUGUCAUUGUUAGGACUGGGCAUCUGAGGCUCAGCCCUGAGUGUUUUAUUUAUAAUCCCAGAUCUAAAUGUAAAGACUAUAAGUAUACUUACAUUUCAAAAAUAAGAAUAGGCCUAAUAAUUAAAACAAAAAGCUUCCAGUCCAAUAAUCUGUCUUUCCAUCAUGCAUUAAAGCCCCCGCAAAUAAUAUAUUGUUUAUCAAAAACACAAGUUUU